CUAUUUUAACUUGCUUGUGAAGUUACAAAUCUAUGAAGACCUAGAUGUCUUGUUUGCUGUUAAUUUAACUCUUUUUUUUUUCUUUUAACUUGUUGAGAAUCUUACUAAUACUACUGGCAUUAUUUUUUCUUGUUACUGAAUUGAAGUUUGAACCUUUAUUUGUUUUGGGCCAUUUGUUUAAGGCUAAUUUCAGAGGGAAUCAUGCUUUUCCUUCCUUCCUGAAAUCCCACUUUCCCAUUGGUCUGGUUUCUUGGAAUCAGAUUUUUUUUUUAAAAAAAAGGGUUUGGAAGCAUAUUAUGAGGGGAUGAUGGAAUGUGCAGCUGCUAAACCGUCCAAUACCCCUUCGAAUAUUUCAGACAUUGUUUCCAGAUUUGCGAGAGUUUGCAAGUUCAUGUCCAUUGGGGUCUUUACUGCCGAAAACCAGUGCAGUGAUGGUGGUAAAAAGGUGGCAUUUUUAGGAGAGGAAACCAGCAGUGAUCUCUCUGCGGAGGCCGAGCGUGAUAAUGAGAAGAUCCAUCUGGUUGACGAGGGGAGUGUAGGAUGUGAAUGUGGGCAUUUGGAGAUUUGCAAGUUGUUUGAUACAGUUUCAACUGUAAAGUUAGCUUAUAUUAAGCUUCAAGAAGCUCAUAUUCCUUAUGACCCUGAUAAAAUUGUUGCAGCUGAUGAAGUUGUGGUCUCUCAACUUGAAACACUCUGCGCGAUUAAGCGAGCUUUUAAGGAAAAGCAGUUGAGGGAAGUGAAUUCUGUUUCUGCUUGCUUGGCUCUUUUGCUUGCAGAAAUCCAAGUUCAAGAGCGGCUUUUGGAGAAAUUGAAGUCUGAAGUCAAAACUAAGGAGGCUAAGGUGGUUAAUCUGCAUCGAGAGCUUGAGGAUUUGAAGUUGGAAAACAAGAGGUUGAGUGAGGAAUUUAAGAAACGAGGAAUGGAGUGUAUAAAGACUGUGAAUGUUUCUUCCUUUGAGGAGAUUGUGAAAGCAGUUUCAAAGGCAACUCACGAUUUUGCUAAGCCAUUGAUUGCCUUAAUGAAAGUUUCGGGUUGGGAUUUAGACCACGCUGCAAAUGCUAUAGAAAAUAAGGUUGUGUAUGCCAAGAGGUCCCACAAGAAGUAUGCAUUCGAAGCUUACAUUGCCCGGAGAAUGUUUCAUGGGUUCUCGUCCCAGUCAUGCGAUACAGAGAGAAUAAUGACACUUGAUGACCCAAUUAAUGUUCUAAUUGAGGAACCACAAUCUGAGUUUGCAAAAUUUUGCAGAAAAAAGUACCUAUUGUUAAUUCAUCCGUGGAUGGAAACAUCCUUUUUCGGCAACACUGACCAUAGAACAUUUGUGACCAAUGGAUUGCAUCCAUAUACACCAUUCUACAGAGCAUUUGUCAGAAUGGCAAGAUGGGUUUGGAUCCUGCAAGGAACUUACAGUGCAACAAUUCCAAAAGUUGAGAUUUUUUAUGUUGAUCGAGGAAGUGAUUUCUCAGGCAGUUACAUGGAAUGUGUAGAGGAGUUGAAGGAUGAUGCAUUCAUGGUCAGUCGAGGAGAUAAGAGGUUUAAAGUUGAGUUUAUGAUCUUGCCUGGGUUUAGAAUCGGUGACACUUUGAUAAGGUCUCAAGUCUAUCUUUCUAAAGUGAGGUCCUCAAAUGUUGCUUGAUAGGGAAGAGGUGUUUGCGCUUUCUGGUAAAGUAAGACAAUUUAGAAUAGUGCAGUUAAUUACAAUAUAUAAAUCUAUAUGCUUAUCUUUCUCUGGCUGUGGUGAUGUAACUGGUGCUAUGAUUACACUAUUAAUUAUCUCGCUGCUGUAAAAUUUUGGUUCUUAUGUAACAACCUAAAUAUGUAUCUUUUUA